AUGGAUGGAACUAUUAUACUUACUGGGGCAACCGGUGGCUUGGGCCAGGAGCUCGCAAAACAGCUCCUCCAGCGCCCUGAGUCGUAUACCCUGAUCUUCCCCGUCCGCGACCAGAAAACAACACAGGCAGUACACCUUCAACGGCUUAUCAAUUCGCACGGCAAAGCCAACCACAUAGUCAGCGUGCCGGAACUUAAUCUCGCCCGUUUUGACGACAUCCGUGCUUUCAUUUCCAAUAUCAAUGAUAAAGUAUCGGCUGGCGUCAUCCCCCCCAUCCGUGCACUGAUAUUAAACGCAGCCGUGUGCUAUGAGUUAAAUGGUCUCCGGUUCACACACCAAAUGAUAGAGACGGAGAAGCAGCCCCCACCAUUCGAGAUGAACUUCGCCGUCAACUUCCUUGCCAAUGUCCUCCUUUCACUCCUGCUCCUCCAGUCCGUAGACAAGCAGCACGGCCGUAUCGUGUACACAUCCAGCUGCACACAUGAUCCCAACAGACCGGAGAACGAGUAUUACAAGCCAGAAAAGCUCAAGUGGGAUAUAGCUGAUCUGGCACAUCCAGACAUGGGCAACCUCGACAAGGAUAUAGCCAUGGAGGCAAUGAGGCGAUACGGUGCCUCAAAGCUCGCCCUCGCUACCUUUAUGCAUGCAUUGAGGAAACGCCUUGAUAAGACCCCAGGCCUAGAAAGUAUAAGCAUCGCAGGCGUCGAUCCUGGUGCAGUACUACACGCAAACAUAGUGAAAAGAGCUUCAUGGAAGAACCGAAACUUCGCAUUUCCGUUGAUGCAGUUGUACACCCGCUGGGUGGCUCAGUACCUCUGGCCUAACGGGCUGUUUCGCACGGCUGAGAAAUCCGCACAGGACCUGCUGUCUGCAGCACUGGGAUCCAAGGACUCCUGGGCCCAUCCUGCAGAAGCAUACUUUGAUGGACGUGAGCAGGUUGAGGCGGCGGUUGAGGCAAAAGAUGAGAGGAAACAAGAGGAGUUGUGGGGGUUGAGUUUGCAGUAUGUAGGCCUGGAUGCGAGCCAGACAAGUCUUAGUACCCGCGCUUGA